AUGUCGAACAAUGAUAACAACGAUAUUAGUUCGUUAUACCCUCCACCACCACCAUAUAUCAAGUUCUUUACCGAUGAGAAUGUGGAAAAGUUAGAAGAGUACCAGAAGGGAAGGAAAAGAGACGAUGUGGACGGAGGUACAAAUGGUGAACUUGCUAAUGAAGACAGACUAGAGACAGCUUUAGAUUUUUUAAUCCCACCGCCAAUUCCAACGUCUGGUCAGUACAGGGUGUUUGGUAGCACAUGGCAAGUGAAAGAUAAACUGCCUGAUCUUGAGUCAAUGGGUCUGACUCAAUUGUAUAAAAAAUCAGAUCAAGAUUCGUCAGCAGAUGAUCAACCAAGGGAAGUAGACUAUCAAUAUAAAAUACAGGAACUUAGAAAAUUAUUGAAAUCACUGCUAUUGAAUUACUUAGAGUUGGUUGGGAUAUUGAGCAUAAACCCAGAUAAAUUCGAGGAAAAAGUUGUAAAUAUAAAGACCAUUCUUGUAAACAUUCACCAUCUUUUAAAUGCAUACAGACCCCAUCAGUCUCGAGAAUCUUUAAUAAUGUUGUUGGAAGCACAAUUAGAAUAUAAAAAAGGUGAAAUAGAGCACAUAAAAUCUGUGUGUAAACAAGUCAAGGAUAAAUUAGAGGAGAUAAAAAGCAUUAAAGUAUAA